AAGGGACACAGGGACACAGGGACACAGGGACACAGGGACAAAGGGACACAGGACCAUGGGGACAGGGACACAGGGAUGUGGCGGUGGCGCUGGCGGGGGUGACCUGUGGCAGCACGGGGUGGCCGCGCUGUCGCCAUGGCCGGGAGGUCCCCGCUGUCCCCAUGUCCUGCGUGGGCCCGGGCUGGCCGCGCUGUCGCCGUCGCCGAGGGCUCGGUGCCGCAGCGGUGUCGCCACGGGGCCAGCUCGGGGCCAGCCCCAGAGCCCGGCUCCCGCUGCCGCUGUCCCCGCGCUGCCAGCGCCAGCCAGCCGUGUCCCUUGUCCCUUGCAGCCCAGAGCCUCGGCCUCGCUGGUGCCCCGAGCCCGCAGCUCCUCGUGGAGCCGCCCUGGAGGCCGGCGGUGCUGUGGGACCGGGUGACACUGACCUGCCGGGGCUCGGGGACCGCCGGGGACACCACCUGGUACAAGGACGGGCGGCUCUGGUGGCAGGAGAGACCCCAGAAUUUCACUGUCAACCAGAGUGGCACCUACGAGUGUGACAGAGCCGGCAACGGGCUCAGCCCCUCCGUGACCGUCUCAGACGGCUGGCCAGUGCUGCAGGUGACGGCGGGGCCGCUGCUGGAGGGGGACACGGUGACACUGCGCUGCCGGAGCCGGCAGGGCAUCCUCAUCACCGGGUUGCGAUUCUACCACGGGGAGAAGGAUUUGGGGAAAUCCCUGUGGGGGUCCGAGCUGUCCCUGUCCCCCCUGAGGCUGCAGCACAGUGGCCAAUACCGCUGCGGGGCCUGGGAGAAUUGGUGGUCCUCACGGAUGUGGCUGCAGUCGGAGCCGGUGUCAGUGACAGUGCACGAGCUCUUCCCGGUGCCGGUGCUGGAGGCUCCGGCCGAGCUGCUCGCGGGGUCCCCCCUGAACCUCAGCUGCCUCAGCAGCCGCAGCCCCCUGCGGCCCCUCACCCCCCUCGUGCACCGCUUCUACCGGGACGGGCGGGAGCUGGGGGGCCCGCAGGGGUCCCCGCAGCUGCUGCUGCCCGCCCUGGGGCUCUCCGGCUCGGGGAAUUACAGCUGCGAGGUGCAGAGCCAGGGGGGGGCCGUGCGGAAGAGCAGCGCCCCGCUCCGCGUCACGGUGCUCGCGGUCCUGCCCUCGGUGGUGUCCGUGUGGUCGCAGCCCCCCGGGGCACAGGUGGCACUGGGGGACCCCCUGGUGCUGAACUGCGCGGUGGCCGCGGGGACAGGUCCCCUGUCCUUCUCCUGGCACCGGGAGGGCUCGGGGACACCGCUGGGCACCGGCCCCCGCCUGCAGCUGCCGAGCGUUGGGGACAAUGACAGCGGCCACUACCGGUGCCGGGUCAGCGACGGGGACAGCGUGGCCGAGAGCGGCCCCCUGAAUGUCACCGUCCUGGGUGAGCGGGACCCUCGGGAUGGGAGGCGACCCCCAUGGGGACACCGCCAUCCCCCCUGGGCAGGUGGCAGCCCCGUGCGUGUCCCCGCAGUGCCCGUGGCCAAUGCCACCAUCAGCCCCGGUGCCCUGGGCCAGCAGGUGCGCGCAGGUGAGCCCGUGAGGCUGCGCUGCUCGGUGCAGGUGGGCUCAGCCCCUGUCACCUUCACCUGGCUGCGCCACGGCCGGGAGGUGGCCCGGGGUCCCCUGCUGGAGCUCGCCCACGUCGGGCUGGCACAUUCGGGCACCUACCAGUGCGUGGCCACCAACCAGCUGGGACAGGACGGGCACCGCGUGUUCCGGGCACUCAGCCCCGAGCUGCUCCUGGAGGUGACAGCGGGGGGACACGGCCACACAGUGGCCGCAGCGGUUGGGGGGUCCCUGCUCUUCCUGCUCCUGCUCCUGGCUGUAGCUGCGGGCUGGCGCCGCUGGAACAACGUGGCCGCCAGGAAGCAGCAGGAGAGGGCCCCCCCGGCCCCCCCGGAGGAGGAGGAGGAGGUGCUGUACAGCCGCGUGGUGAGCAGCCAGCGGCCAGGGGGUGACACAGGGCUGGGACACCGGGACACGUCACCCAUCGCUGCCGCCCCCACCCAGAGCCCACGGCCGGGGGCUCUCGCAGGCUCCCCCCGCGCCCCCACGCUCCAGGACCCCCGGGUGAUCUACGCGGAGCUGCGGCGACCCCACGGGCGACCCCGGGAACGCGGUGACAUCGACGGGGACGUGCUGUGACACCCGGGGGGGCUCUGGGGGAACUGGGGGGCAGCGGGGAACCCCCCACCCACGUCAGUGUCCCCCUCCUCACUGCUGUGGGGUGCCCAACAUUCACGGGGGGCCGGGCACAAGUGGGGGGGUCACCCGUGAGGUUCCCCACGCCCCCUGAACCCCCAAGGGCUUCCCCAGCCCUUUCCCACUGCCCCAUUCCACAUCCAGGUACCCCCAGGGGCUCCCUCAUUCUCCUCCCACUGCCUCUCCAUUGCUCCCAGUGUAUCCAGGUGUUUCCCAUUCCACCCAUCCCCAGUAGCCCUGUGGCUCUGCAAUCCCCCUCCCAGUGCUUCCAGUACAGCCCUGGCUCCCCACCAGUGCCAGGGGAGCCCAGGACUGGCAGCAAA